UGGAGCCGGUGUGGAGGUGGGGUUGCAGGGGAAGGACACUAAAGACAGGUCUCCACCGCACAGCUGGUAGCCACAUUUGCAGCCUGUCUGUCUGCUUGGAACCUCUUCCAUCUGCAAGCUGAAACUAACAGUGAGCUGCACGAUGAGCUCUGACCUGGAGACAGCGAUGGAGACCCUCAUUAAUGUGUUCCAUACCUACUCGGGCAAGGAGGGAGACAAAUACAAGCUGAGCAAGAAGGAGUUCAAAGAGCUGCUGCAAGCCGAAUUUGCUGGCUUCCUGGAUAGUCAAAAGGAUUCGGAAACUGUGGACAAGCUGAUGAAGGAGCUAGAUGAGAAUGAAGACGGGGAAGUGGACUUCCAGGAGUAUGUGGUGCUGAUAGCUGCCCUCACGGUGGCCUGUAACAGCUUCUUCUGGGAGGAGAGCUGAGCAGACAAUUCCAAUGGGCAGCAUCCUUCUCCUGCACCUGUCAUGCCUACCCCUUUGCCUGCUUCCCCCUCACGCUGCUGUUACUUCCCACACUCCCAGCCUUGCAUAUCCUCUACCAAGGGCGCAAAAAUAUGGAGGAGGCCUGCUACUCCUCUUUUAUUAAAGGCUCUUCUCUCGCCAA